AUGACGCAGACGAUCGACGCCGCCCCGAUGGCCUCCCUCCACUCUGCCCUCCGCACGUGGCUCGAUGGGCAGGAGCGUGGCGUCGAGGCGCGCGCGCUGGUCGCCGUCUGCGAGGAGGCAAGGCGGCUGCUGCCGCGCAACAUCGUGUGCAACCAUAGCACGCACCUCGACGGUCUGCUGCCGGCGCUGGCGAGCCGGCGGCACGGCCUCGUCCUCGCCAAGCUCGUCCCGGCGCAGCUGAAGCCGUUUCGCGGCGCGCCGUCGGCGUCGAUGCGGCUCGACGUGUGCGAGCGGCGGGUCAAGCUGAGCGGUUUCGAGCUGCGCGCGCACAAGGGCGCGGCCGAGCAGCUCGUCUUUGCCGUCGUCGACGGCUUCAGGCGCGACGACGAGGAGAGGACGGCGGGGCAGCUCGAGCGGCUGCAGCGAGCGAUCGAUGAGGAGGGGGCGGUUGAUGAGGCGGUCAAGGAGCUCAUUCGGGCGAGGGCGGUCCGCGGCGGCGCGCGAGCAGCCGGGGACCCUUCCGGGCUGGGCCCGCGCCCGCAGGAGCUGAACGCAGGGCGGGCGCAAGAGAUCCAGGCGCUGAGCAAGGCGGCGCACAAGGCCAAGUUCGACGCGCAGAUUUUGCGAGACAGGCAGGCGAGGGAGGAGAGGGAGCUGAGUGCGGCUCAGCGCAAGCUCGUCGCCAACAAAGACUUUAUGAAAAGCCACGUCGUGCGCGGGGGCUCCGCUGACUCGGUGAACAGGGCUCGCGUGAGCGGGUACAUUCACUCCGCGGCCAAGGACGCGAAGGAGCGCGGGCGCACAUGA